GGGCUGAGGUCAGCGGGCGGCGCGGAGGAGGGCAGCGGCAGCCGUGCGCGCGUCCCGACCGGCGCGCUGUCCCCGCAGGGUGCCGAGCAUGCUGUCCCUCCUGGCCAGGGCCGCCGCCGCGGCCGCCCCGCUCCGCUCGCUGUGCCGCUCGCCCUUGUGCUCGCUGGCGCCGUGGGGCCGGGCGGCGGGGCCGCCCGUGGCCUGUGCGGGCUGGGCCCCGCCGCCGUGGCGGGCGCCCCGCGGGCUGCUGGCCGCGCCGCCGCCGCCCGGGCCGCCGCCGCCGGCCGGGCUGAAGACGAAGACGGCGCUGAGGAAGCGCUGCAAGGACUGCUACAUCGUGCGGCGGCGCGGGCGGCUCUACGUGUGCUGCAGGAGCAACCCCCGGCACAAGCAGCGCAAGGGGUAGCGCCGGCCGGACCCCGCGGGGCGCGGAGCCGCCGCCGGCUCGGCAGCCGGCCCGGAGCCCCCGCUGCCCGAGUCCCCUCACCGGGAGCUGCCAGCCGCGGACACGAGCCGCGAAAUCCAUCUUCGGAGCACCUAGAGCCAGGUGCGGUCCUGGCGGCCCUUGCCGGCAUUUCAGGCCUUGGAUGCGGAGAACUGAAGUGGGAAACAGCAGGCUGCAGGAUCUCUUGUCAUCUUAACCGUGAAGCCUUAAAAUCGCCGCGCUGUUAAAUUAGGAAGGGUGGAGCUGAAUCACUGGACUCUGAGGUGCAUUUGGGUUUAAUUAGAGCAAAAUUAAAAUAAACGCCAUUGAUGUUCAUUACUACAA